AUGAUGAUAUCUGUUGUGGUUCUGUGUUGGAACUUGGUAGUUGUUGCAGCAGCGGUUCGCCAUGACAGGUUGGAAGUCAAUGCGGUUCAAGCUUGUGCGAGUAUGUUAAAUAAGCUGUCAUGGGAUUUUGAACCUGGAUUGAAUUACUUCUCGACGUUGUGUGAAUACGAACCGGCUUUGGGAUCUUGGUCGAUUUGCGUUAGUGAUGUACUGGACGAUAGCGGACUGGCGGUUGAUGAAUAUUUUAACAAAAGUUUUGAAACUGUAGGAAGCAUCUGUUCAUCGUUCAAUGUUUCGUUAGAACAGUAUACUGAAUCUUUGCACAAUGCUUCGAGGUAUUUGCAGCCUUUUGAUCGACAUUCGACCCUUCAUCAUCCAGUAUCUGUCGACAAAACUUUGAGAACAAGGGUUGUGAAUGCAUUUCAUUGUUUUACAGGCAAUUUGGAUCGCAGUGACGAUUAUUCUGUGGUUUUGUGUGCGUAUGUGGGAAUUGUUUUGCUUAUAUGCGCAUGCUUUAGGUUCUUCGAUCUUACAGCGAUCAACGCUUACUUGUUUCGAUACAAAUUUAUGAACUACAUUAGAGGGUACGUUGCACUGCCGACUUUGAACGGCACCCAUUCGGCAGAAUACAAAUCAUGGUGGUGUUUGUCGGGCUUACUUCCUAGCAGGCUCGAAACUUGCCAUAUAGCUUGUUUCUUCCUACUAAACAUUGUCCUCCUGUCAACUGGCUACGAAGUAGACCAUUACAACGUACUCUUUGACGGAAAAUUAGUUCAAUUGUGUAGGUACGUUGGUGAUCGUUCAGGGAUCCUAGCUAUCGCACAUUUUCCUCUUAUCAUACUCUUCAGCACAAGAAGCAACUUUGUGGAGUGCUUGACCGGCUUCAAGUAUUCCACAUUAAUUGCUCUGCAUAAAUGGAUUGGCAGAAUUAUGGUAUUUGAUGUCCUGGUCCAUUCUAUAGCAUACACUGCGUACGCAUUACUAACUCACUCUUUCCUCAUGUCAAUGGGCGAAUGGUAUUUUAGGUUUGGAGUCCUGGCCACACUGGUCUUGGUGUUGUUAUCAUUUUGGUCGCUAGGUUAUAUUAGGAAAAAUCAUUACGAAGUCUUCCUCUACCUUCAUAUUUUCAUGGCAGUGGCAUUUUUCUUCUCCUGUUGGAAACAUAUUCAGUCCAUAGGUUGGACCAAUUGGAUCUAUAUUUCACUCGCCAUAUGGAUUUUUGAAAGAUUGAUUCGAAUCAUACGAAUCUUGCAUUUCGGUGUGGCUACGGCUAAUAUCCAACUCAUAGGUAAGGAUUUACUGAGAGUAACGAUACCCAAGAAAUCACAAUUUAUGAAAUGGAGAGCUCUUCCCGGCCAAUACGUUUUCCUACAUUUUAUGGACCCCAUGAUAUUUUGGCAAUCACACCCCUUCACAGUGAUUGAUUCCGGCGACGAGUUGGUAGUGGUCCUUAGAGCUAAAAAAGGUGCAACCAAUGUAGUUUUGAAACGAGUAAUAGAAGCCACUCAAAAUAGCUCUGAUAAGUUCUUUACUAAAAUGAAGGUAUGCGUAGAGGGACCUUACGGAACCACAAGUCCGCUCCACCUGUUCAAUAAUGUACUAUUCCUCUGCGGGGGCAGUGGUUUACCUGGUCCUCUAGCCCACGCAAUCGAACUAAGCAAAUCAUUGAAACACAAGGUUGUUAUUGACAUGGUCAUUGCAGUACGAAGUCUCGAUAUCCUAGAGGCCUACAUCAAUGAGUUAUUAGAAUUACAACGAUCACAGGUGCAUUUGCAAAUAUUCGUGACACGAUCGGCUCCAACGGCCCAAUACGGCAGCAUAUCCUCCAAUAUUCAUGAGCAAGCUGUAGUACCAAGACUUAAACCAUUUGCCACGUUUCACGUAGGCAGGCCAGACUUGCAAAGUCUCAUAAACAAUUCACUAAGCCAAAAUGGUCCUCUGGCCAUACUUACUUGCGGACCUCCUGUCUUUGUAGACAAGGCAAGAGAUAUUACUGCCAGCACUAUAGUCAAGAACCCGACCCGAGUCAUCGAGUACUUUGAAGAGUAUCAAUGCUGGUGA